AUGAUUACAAAAUCAUCGAUAUUUUUAAUACAGUAUCGAUACUUACUCUGUGAAGGCUACAAACGGACUGACGAAAGUGUUAAAAAAUUAAACAACGGUAUUUAUCAACUAUGCGCUUGUCUUAGAUAAGAUUUAAUAAUGUAAUCGUUUCAAUUAUGUAAAUUAAAUGACGCUUUUAUUGUGCGACUUUCAAAAACAAAUAUUUUAUUGUACGCUUUCCAUGUAGUUUCAGAGAUAACAAAAACAAUAAUUUUAUAAUAAUUAGAACACAAAAUGUAAAAUAAAAAUUACCCAUUAUUUAAAACGUAAAAAAAAUUGAAAACAAUCAUCAAGAUCUAAAUUUAAAAAAUGUAUCACCCCCAACUUUACCCACAAAAUAUAACUAUAAAAUGAGAAUUAAAAGACGCAUGCGUUGAGUAUCAGCUCGACUUAGCGGUUCAUUAUAUUUCAAAACGAGACCACCACUAUUUAAUUAUUCAGAAAUCGUAACUAGUUUGUUGAAUGAACUAAAUCGAGACGAAAGUGCGUAUCAGUUUGAUAAAUUGUGUGAACAUUUUCCAGCCAUGUGGAACAUAAAACAGCAGUUGGCACAGGACGGUUAUGUUGUUCUUGAAGAUUUCUUAUCAGAGACUGAAGUUAACGAACUGAAGGCAGAAUGUGAUAAUUUGAUAAAAAAUAUGCCCGAGGAGUCCAAAAGGGCGGUUUUUAGCUCGGCUGAUUCCAAUAUCUUACAGGAUAAAGAUAAAUAUUUUUUAGACAGUGCGGAUAAAAUAAGUUACUUUUACGAAGCAGAUGCUUUAGGACCAAACGGAGAAUUGAAAGUUAAACCUGAACUGUCUCUAAACAAAAUUGGUCAUGCGUUACAUGAACUGAAUCCCGUUUUUAGAAAAAUUACUUUGGAUGAGAGAGUGAAAGAAUGCUGUUUCCAGUUAGGAUUUGAAGAUCCCGUGGUAGUCCAAAGCAUGUACAUAUUCAAAAAUCCUGGCUUAGGCAGUGAAGUUAUUGCUCAUCAAGAUGCGUCUUACUUGCACACAGAGCCAGUUAAAGUUAUUGGAUUUUGGAUAGCACUAGAAGACGCCACGCUUGAAAAUGGGUGUCUUUGGUUUUCCAAAGGGUCACAUAAAAGCGGUGUUCAUAGACGGUAUAUUAGGAAUCCUGAUAAAAAUUCCAACGAUUUGUUAAUCUACACAUCGCCACCACCUUAUUAUCAGAAAAGUGGGUUUACAGCGGUGCCAGUCAAGAAAGGUACUUGUGUUGUCAUACAUGGCCAAGUUGUCCACUAUAGUGAAUCAAACAAGUCACAAAAAUCUAGACACGCCUACACUUUCCAUAUUAUUGAACAGAAAAACACAAAAUAUUCUGAAGAUAAUUGGUUGCAACUGCCCCAAGAUAAACAGUUUUUAAGUUUAUACAAAAAUUAACAUUUGAAACAAAAAUAUACUCUCUGAUUUUUCA